GCAAGCGCUAGCUUCAGCAAGACAAGCAAUGAGGCAAUUAAACGCUAUCAGAUACCUACUGUAUCCAAUCCAGGCCUGGGUCCCGAGCCAGUGAGGAACUGGAAGGCUAUAGGGAGAUGAAGUCCUGGACGCCUAGAAGUUCGCCCUAUUAGAUGUUUGCUUUUGACCUUCCUCAUGCGGUAGGUAAGGACGUAGACUACCAGUACUUGAAUGGGUCUGCUGAUAAGAGCCAUCCAUGGUUUCGGACAACCGCCGGCUAGGUUACAUAUAGUAUAGAUUCAGAACCAAAUCAGCCUAGGACAUAUUACAUAUAUACCCAUCACCUCCGGAAACCUUUCCUUUUGAUCACCAAUCCCAAGAAUCAAAAGUCAAGAGAAGGAUAUUAGCCAUUCCCUUGUGAUUUCUGUGUCUUCCAAGAUGAAAAUCACACUAGCUUUUGCUCUCGCAGGCCUUGUGCCGAUUUUUGCCAAUGCAGCAUCAAACCCUAUCCAGUGCGAUGUGUGCGAACUCGCUCUCGACGCAACACUGAGUGUUAUUGAAACCAAUGGCAUAUCGGGCGAAAUCAUUCAGAAGGUCGACGCCGUGGUCCACGGGGAGGUGGAAUCAAUCUGCUCCAAAGUCACCUCUACAGACACAGAUAAAUGCGUGGAGGAGGCAGAACUGGUGAUUGGGAAGGUUGUUGAGGAAGUGGAAGAUAAUCUGGAUAGUGGCACUGUUUGCAGCUUGCUUGGUUAUUGCUAGAGGAUGAAUUCCAAUUGGGCUCAACGUCUCACUUAGCUCUGGCGAGAAGAAACGUAUUAAUUGACAUUGCAAAACAGGGUAUUGUAAAUUAUAACAUGAUCGCUGGAUUAAAUCAACUAUUACGCUAUAAUAAAAC